UUCAAUUCGAGACGCGUAAACACAUAUAACGUUUUCAAUUAAAUAUAUUUUAAAUUAAUUAACAAUUAAGCAUAUUAUAAAUAUGAUAAAAUUCGUAUAUUUGUUAAUAUUACUUCUAUCGGAUGUGAUAGCCGAUGACAAUGAUUUUGAUCCAGUUGGGAGCCCAUUGCUCAUUGAAUAUCCCUGUCACGAUACUAAGGACAUUGUCACUUGGUUCGAUCCUGGCUUACCACCAAGGGAGAAAAAUAGGUACUAUGUCAUAAUUAACAAAUAUUUUGCAGCGAAUUCCGUGAUACAAGUGGCUUUUGAUUCGGAUGUGAAUAUUAUGCAUAGACAUCAAAAAAAUAAAAAGCUUGCCAAAAUAUUUGUAGGUACCAACGAGACCCUAACGCUCACUUUUGUCACUCCUCUCAUGGGUUUUGGUUUUAUUGUGAAAGGCGUUGUUCCAGGAACGAAUCCUUAUUUCGAAAGUUUAACUAUAAACGGUGAAGAAGUCUGCAACCAACCAAACGUGGGAUACCUCGAAGAAUACAUAGCAGGUACAUUAGAUAAGGGACCGCAGGGUAAUUGUGGACGCCGUAAGGUAGACCACACUGAAUUGAUAGUAAAAGGUGUUCGUACUAAACCUGGAGAUUGGCCGUGGCACGCAGCAAUUUUCAAGCUUAAAAAUGAAGUAUUGCAAUAUAUGUGCGGUGGAACAUUGAUCUCCAAAAAUUACUUAUUAUCUGCUGGUCAUUGUGUUACUGUAAAAGGGGUUCCAGUAGUACCGAGCGACCUAAACGUUGUCCUUGGAAAGUAUAAUUUGAUUGGAGGUGAUGUUGGAACACAAGAAAGAGAGGUCCACAAAAUAAUCGUACAUGAAAGUUUCAACUAUACGAAUUUAAACAAUGAUAUUUCUCUACUUAAAUUUAAAUCUGAAGCCAUAUUUACUGAUUAUGUUCAACCUGCUUGUUUGUGGUUCAGCAAAGCUGAUAACAACAGAAAUGAUAAUUUGGCUACAGGUCAAAUUUUUGGAACAGUUGUAGGUUGGGGAUAUGAUAGUAACAAUGCUUUGACGCACCAGCUGCGUCAAGCGAAGAUGCCUAUCGUGUCAGAAAAUACAUGCAUAAAAAGUCAUCCUCUAUUUUACGCAAAUGUUCUAAACGGCAACAAAUUCUGCGCUGGAUAUCACAAUGGUACAUCUGCAUGCAAUGGUGACAGUGGAAGCGCUUUCCAGGUCUUCGUUGCUGAUAAAAAGCAAGAUUCUAAUUCAAUCACAACUGGUUCUUGGUACGUUCGUGGUAUCGUAUCUGUCGCAGUUGCGAGUGCUGAUCAUAAGACAUGUGAUCCGAAACAAUACGUCGUUUUCACUGAUGUUGAAAAAUAUAGACUAUGGAUUGAUGCUUAUUUGGAAAACGAAAGAAAUUGAAGAUUUUGUGUCAUAAAUACAUAAUAUUUACUGAUAAAA